AUACACACAAAAAUUACGAGUAAAAUAUUACAAUUCAUACAUAUCCUUGUCUCUCACCGCCAUCCAUUUGUGCGUGUUUUUAGUGCGUGUAUUGCAGAACAAGCCACCUCAUCUUGAUCAAGAUCAAAAUUCAGAAAACCGUAACCCUAAUUUUCUCAUCAUGGCAGAAACCCAACGUGUUAGCAAGCGAUUCAGGUGCAAUUCAUCAUCAACCAAUCAGCAAUCGGAGCUCACCGGAACUAACCUCCGCAAAAUUCGCGUCAUCUGUUCCGAUCCUGAAGCCACCGAUUCAUCAUCUGACGAAGCCGAUGAUGACGUCUCCAGGCCGUCAUCAACUCGGCGAAUUGUGUGCGAGAUUUUGAUUGAUGGAAAGAAACCGGAUGGUGAUAGUAAUUGCGUUGAACCGGCGGUCGAACCGGUUGUAAAAAAUCAUCCUAGUGAUAAUCCGCAAACCGAGCGGAAAAAGUUAACAGGGGUUAGGUUAAGAAAAUGGGGCAAAUGGGCCUCCGAGAUCCGUGACCCGUUUACCAAGAAACGGAUAUGGUUAGGUACUUAUGCUACAGCUGAAGAAGCUUCUAGAGUUUACAUGGCUAAAAAGGAGGAAUUUCGAGCUAGGUUAUACGGUGGGUCCGGGUCUGGAUCGGGUACCGGUUCGGAUCCUGCACCCGGAUCCGGACCCGGGUUGGUUAGUAGGAAGGAGGUUAUUAGGGUGCCUGAACCGGUUUGUGAGUCUGAAGAAGAAGAGGCUUCUAGGGUUCUGCAGGCAAUGAAACAUGGGUUUGGGUUAGGUAUGCGUUAUGGGUCGGGUAAUGGUAAUGGGUCGCGUUUUGGGAACGAUUCGGAAAGUGGGUCAUCUUUGAAAUCACCAAAGGUUGAACCUUCAGAAACAUUGAGUGGGUCCACCACAACUAACACAACAACUUCUGGUGAAGAGUCAAGGGAAGAAAGUAAUAAGCCACCAUGGAUGGAUUUAGGGCUAGAUUUGCUACGGAUUGAUAACCAUGGGAAACUUUUGGGCCAGUUUAGCAGGCUUGAUGAUGAUCUCAGAAUCUGUGGCUGAUUAGAAAAUUGACGGAAAAAAACGGUUGCUUUUUUUUUUCUUCUUUCAAAAUUAUUUGCUUUGAUGACUCGAAUUAUGAACAAAUAAGUAGAAGUAACCAUUUGCUGGCUGAGCAUUUGUACAUGUUUUUAAUCCUUCUGAUGCAACAGUCACUGGUUCAUGAACUAUUUGUUGAGUCUGUUUUUCCUUUUCAAUGACAUUGUUUUUUUCCGUUUUUAAUUGAUGUUUCUUUCAUGUAGUCAAAUGCUAUGAUGACUAUUGUUCUAAUUGGUUCGAUAUUGUUUGUUU